GCCAGUAGCCCUGGACGGUUUUGGCUUUCACGGAUUUCUCCCAAGCCGAGCCAAGACAGGCCAAAUCCGUAGGUGUGUAGGGCCCCUUAGUCAAGAUUCCAGGUUAAGCUUACAAAGAUAAAAUUAAACUUAGUUCUAAAGAAUAAACUCUUCAAAAAUAAUACUCAUACUAUUUUUCUAAAGUGAAUUCUACCCAAUUCAACAAGCUUCCCGACAAAAAUAUUGAUAAUUCUUAUUUGCACCAAGGUACUCAAACAGAACACUUCGAAUAACAUAAAGUACGUCUCUUCUCUAUUUGAGCAAUUCUAAUUUUUUCAGCCUUUCACAAUCUUGAUGCUAUCAAAAUAGGAUGCUUUAAAAAGUGUUCUCUUGCUUCAUCAUAAUCAUAACCUCAUUUUCGAAGAGAGAUUUGUGUUGUGAAGUCUGGAGUGACUGACAAGUGCACAUAAAGCUUGUAAUGUUGUGAACUGUAAUCGGACUCGACUAUUCAAGAAUAUUUGUUGGUUUAUUCACUUUGAUCAGUUUUAAUUCAAAAUAAAUCAUGGAGUUUAUUGUAGCUAGUGUAGAAAAUAUAAAAUUUGAUAUAGAAGUAGCUCUUGAGCAACAAAUAGGAUCUUUGCCGUUGCCGUUUCCUCGAAUGGAUAAGUCAAUUGCUGCAGUUUGCGAAUUCUUUCCGAGUGGAUCAUGCAUGAAAGGCACGAUGUGUCCGUUGCGACAUGUCCGUGGCGACAGGACAAUAGUGUGCAAGCAUUGGCUUCGCGGCCUCUGCAAAAAGGGUGACCAGUGCGAGUUUCUACACGAGUAUGACAUGACUAAAAUGCCUGAAUGCUACUUCUAUUCACGAUUCAAUGCGUGCCACAACAAGGAAUGUCCUUUUCUUCACAUUGAUCCGGAGAGCAAGAUCAAAGAUUGUCCUUGGUAUGACCGAGGCUUCUGUAGACAUGGUCCGAAUUGUCGGCAUAGACACGUCAGACGAGUUCUUUGCAUGAAUUAUCUAGCUGGGUUUUGUCCUGAUGGUCCCGAAUGUAAAUUUGUACAUCCACGUUUUGAACUUCCUGCUACUGACGUAAACGCUAAAGAUGGCAAAAAGGUUCUUCUAACUUGCCACUUCUGUGGUGAAACUGGUCAUAAGGCUAUGUAUUGUCAUAAAAUGCCAUUUGAAAUGAGAGAAGCAGAAGCCAAAUUGGCGGCCAAAUCUCUUCCACCCACCGCUGGAGGAAUGAACGGCAUUGGAAGCUCCGGCUCACUCAACACUACGUCUGCUGUUCCGGUGACUGGCCAGUCGGAAAAUAAAGAAGACAAUAAAAUGUCCGAUGACAGCAAAACUCAAACUACACCGCAGCCGCAACAAAAUCCUGGCAAGCCGCCUUUGAAACCGCUCGAAGAAGUCACGUGUUUCAAGUGUGGUUACAAAGGGCACUACGCCAACAAAUGUCCGAAGGGCCAUCUUGCUUUCUUGGCACUGAGUAACGCUGGAGUGCAUCCCAACCAGCAGCAGCAACAGCAGCAUCAACAAGCAAUACUCAACUUCCAGCAGCUCAAUAAUAUCAACAAUUUCAAAAGGUGAUCGUUUCCAUGAUGAUGUUGUUUAUCUGUGCUGCAUUCAGAACUUAUAUGUGGAUUUGAUAUUGAUAUUUAUGUGUGUGUGUAAUUCCAACUUUUUGGGAGCAAUUGCAAGAAUAAAACUGAUGAAUGGGAUGUUUAAGAAGGUAUUUACUUGUGCGCGUGAUUUCUUAGUAUUGUAAGACUUAUCUGCAGUCUAUAAUCCAAGAAUCGUGUCUAUCUAGGGAGAGUCUGGAUUGAGCUUGAUACCUAGUUUUUCCGUUGGAAACUGUAAAUAUCUUCCAACUAUGUUGUUUUAAUUUUAGGAGUGAGCUUGAUAACUUGAAACCACUCGUCCAAACGUGCGUUUGUCGGAAAUUAUUCAAUAUCUUCAAACGAUGAUGUUUCAAUUUAAGAAGAAUAUUUCAUUUGUAUUUUAUCACAAUACUCUGUGACUGUGUUGACUUAUAAUUCCGAAAAUUUAAAUAAGAUGAACUAAUUACACUCAUUGAUAGAUGUGUAACUACUACCAAUUACCCUCAUAAUAUAGCGAAUUGUGAAAUUCACGAAUCUGAUCAUUGAAUUUGGCUACGAAUCUGAUUUGAAGGUUACGUAGCCUGGUCGUUGAUUAGAACUUGAGCCAAGUAUUAGAGUAUCACUGAGCUAACCGAUUUAUGUUUCAAUGAUUUACAUUAUUUUAAAAUGGUUCUAAUGAGUCCGAAACAUGUUUCGCAUUAAUAAAAUAUAAAAAGGGAACUGAA